CCGCUCCGCGCUCCGCCCGCACCGGGCCCGGGUAGCGUGCGGCCCCGGCCCAGCCAAGCCCGGCCCGGCCCGGCCCGGCCGCUCCGCGGGCACCGGCGGGCGCUGCCAGGAGGGCCAUGCCGGGCCGGGUGCCCCUCCGAGCCCUCCUGGUCCUCUUCCUCCGCAUCCUCCUCCUCCUGGGCUCGGCGCGGGCCGCGGGCGCAGAACCUUCUCCCCAUUUAGCAGCUCCAAAGAAUGUGGAGGUUUAUUCCUACAACUUCCACAGUGUGCUGAGAUGGUCUCCAGGGGGGACAGACUCGGUGUUAUACACAGUGCACUAUAGAACCAGAGGGGCCUUUCCUGUCUGGAAUGAGAUGAACUGCACCCGGAUCCCCCAGACCGAGUGUGAGUUCCCCCUGGAGAUUCGGAAGCGGCGCUGGACGAUCCUCCUGCGAGUGAGGGCUGAGCAGGGCCAGGACUGCUCCGACUGGGUGGAGACCCCGCCCUUCGUGGCAGAGAGGGACACCACUCUGGGCCCCCCCAAGGUGAACAGGGUGAGUGCCAGCUCUGACUCGCUGCUCCUCAGUGUCAGCCCCCCUUUCACACCCGAGCCUGGGGACAGUUUUCAGUACCGUGUGUUCUACUGGGAGAACUCAACAAGUACCACGAGAAAGUCUUUUGAACAGGAACAAGAGGCACACAGGACACUAUUGCAAAUUGAAAAACUAAAGGAAUCGACACUUUAUUGCUUUAGCCUUCAAGUAGAAUUUGAGGGAGUCUUUGGCAACCUGCUAGGACAGGAAAGCGCCCCGAAGUGUCACAGAACUGCCAUCAGUGAGGCAACCAGAGCUGGACACAUCACCCUGCUGUGCCUCUUGGGGUUAGUCCUUGUAAAUCUGGCGACAGCCGUUUUGCUGCUCCUGUGGAAACACCGCCAGAAAGUCAAACAGUGGGCUCAGCCACCCUUGAAAAUCCCCUCACACUUCGAAGAGUUCCUCAGGGACCCUGGCAUGCCUGGCUUGGAGGAGUUGGACAAUUCCAUGGAGGAUGAUCCCCAGGCUGUUGAAACUGGAGAAGGAAUCCGAGCCGGAGCAGCAGCCCAGGGUGACGACUCCUCAUCCAGCACCUCCAGGCCCAGGGAAACCACUGAAGAGCCACCCCAGCGAGUGUCACCUGCUCCAGGGUUUCCAGCAGCUGCUCCUGUGGCGUGGCUGCUGCCAGGACAAUCCUGAGCAGGACACGGACCCUGGGAUGUGUUCCAGGGGCUUCUCCUGAGCUCCCCCAGCACCUCAUUCUGCCAAAGACACUGGAAGGAGGAACACGGAAGGGAAACGAACACUAAAGUCCUAAAAAAGGUUAAAUUCCCACCCCAGGUUGGAAUAAAGCUUUGAGGAAUAGCAGCACUUUACAGGAGGAUGGAGGAGAACGUGGGAUUUUUCAGGGAGUGAAUCACUGCAAUGUGAAUUCCUUUUACAGUGGAUUUUCUUUUGUUGGCAAUAAUACUCUUGUUAUAUCCACCCCACUCCGCUUCUCUGAAUCAUUUGCAGCGCGUGGCAAACUAAAAAGAGAUUUGUUGGUCCUUCCGCUGCUCAGGAUGAAGCUGUGCCAGAAACUCCUCCCAGAGAGGCCUCCUCCUGUCUGCUUCCUCCCAGCCUCCUGGAAGCAUUAAUCUGCUCCUGCAGCCACCCCAGUGUCCUGCACAGCCAAACAGACUGGAAAAUAACACUUACAACAUGAAUCAGUCGUUAUCAGACACUAAAACCUCUUGUUCACCUCCAGCAAAGGGAGAGCUGACUGAGAGAGAUGCUUGGAGUGCCUUAAAGAAGGGCCCACGUUCAGCCUCCUGGGGGGUCUGGGAGGUGUCCAAUAAAGCACAAAGAACAAGGGAGCCACUUCUGUACUAAAAAGAUGGGGUUUAAUUGAUGAUUUUCCCGGGUUUGAUAGAAAUUGUGUCAAAGAAAGAAAAGAAAAUGGGCUUGUCUGUUUGCAAAUCACUCCUUGGAGUCCCUGUCAGAGCUGGGGGUAACUGAGGUGAUGCCAUCCCAGCCUUUCCAGGGACACUCCAGGCCAGCGGCCAAAAGCUUUAUCAGGUGUUUCCUUGCAGAACUGAUGUAAUCCCCUGGGAUUAGGCAACCUGCUGACACAAGGGAGUUGUGUGAAGCCUGAGUCAUGAUUCGUGGCUGGAGGAACUGUCAGGAGCUGCAGAGCAUCUGCUUUUAACCAGCCCUGUUCCCUGGGCUGGGCUGGGCACAACUGGGCAGCCACAGCUCACAGCAGCACCAACCCAAUGCCCAGCAGAGGGCACGACUGUUAAACAUCUCCUGGCAAAAUAUAUAUAUAUAUACACAUAAUAUAUAUGUAUAUCUAUCUAUCUAUCUGUCCCUGAAUAAACCCUACACUGGC